CCUCAUCUUGGCAUCCUCUAUAUAACAUUGGAAACUUGGCCUUCUUUUCCUCCAUGUAAGCUUCGCCAAGCCACCCUACCACCGAGAGCCUUUCCUGGAUUGGUACGUAAAUGGAGGUAAGGAGGGGGCCUUGGACUCUCGAGGAGGACACACUCCUCACCCACUACAUUGCUUGCCAUGGCGAAGGUCGUUGGAAUCUCCUCGCCAGGUGCUCCGGCUUGAAGAGAACCGGCAAGAGUUGUCGGCUGAGGUGGUUGAAUUACCUGAAGCCCGAUAUAAAGCGAGGUAAUCUCUCCCAGGAAGAGCAGCUCCUAAUCCUCGAACUCCACUCCAAGUGGGGGAAUAGGUGGUCGAGAAUUGCGCAACAUCUACCGGGUAGAACAGACAACGAGAUCAAGAACUACUGGAGGACUCGAGUGCAGAAGCAGGCGAGGCAGAUGAAGGUUGAUGCCAACAGCACCAUGUUCCGGGAUGCCCUCCGGUGCCACUGGACGCCAAGGUUGCUUGAGAAGAUAGGCUCUUCUCAGACCAUGCAAAACCCCGUUGCCAACACCAACGCUCCAACAACCGAUCAAGCUCAGUUAACAUCCUAUUCCACCGUGCUUCCUCAAGUUCCAGUUGCUAUGUCCGAUCCCAACAGCGUCACCUUGGAUCAAUUCUCCAGUAUCAUUAGCUCCAUGAACAAUGCUUAUGAUCUAGACGCCUGGGGCCUAACACCCAUGCCGGCAUCAGAUCAUCACACUGUGGCUAACAAUGAUUGCAGCAGCGAUGUUGGGGAUGACUUGUGGUGCGUGGAUGAAUUGCAUGACAUGUUCAAAAGCUACUUGAGUGGAGAAGAAACUGAGUUCCCUUUUUGCUAAUAUCUUUUAGAUAAAAGUGAACCCUGUACCGAUGGGAGCUUGUUGUAUCCCCUUGUGCUUCUUGACGAAUAGGGUUCUCGUGCAAGCCAAGAUGUCAUGAGAUGCUUCAGCCUUUCUUCCUCCAGUCUGUUGCAUGUUGCAGGAAAAAGACUGUGAGGAUACUCGGGGUUUGCUUUCCACACUCACAUGAUUUCUUGUAGACAGCAAAGCUUUCAAGAAAACUGUAUCUGUAGACUUCGAAGCUUUCAAGAAAACUGUAUCUGCAGACUUCCCCGAUUUCACCAGAAUGACACAACUAGAUAAAGAUCGGUGAACA